AUGAGGUUCUCAUUCGGUAAUAUAGUGUGGGGAGUGAUCUCCUACGCUGUGGUUGUGAGAGCUGCUUGUUCAAGUAAUCUAUUAAUUGAUAAUUAUGCAAAGUUUGCUAGUAAUACUAAUUCUCUUGGUCAAUGGACAAGUGACGAUGGUACCACCACCAACUUAAAAGCUGAUGUCGCAAACAAGAAAAUUACUUUCACCAGUAAGGCCAAUAGUUACUUCUAUACGACCUUCAGUUGCGAGAAAGCAACAACAGAUCAAUACAACGCAAUCACAUUUCCGAUCAAAGGUCCUGCAGGCUCUUCCUUCACGCUCGAGCUGCAGACCAUGAAUUCAUGUACGGCGACUACGUACAAAAGUUAUUACACGACUAUCACCGGAAUUACUGGAGCUACUCAGACUAUUACAGUGCAAUUAAGUGCUUUCCCUGGAGCCAAUUUGAAUGCAAUUUCGGGGCUUUUAUGGGAGUCUUUUAGUGCCGAUGACGCUUGGGAGAUAGGUCAAACAAAUUUCGUUUGUGCAAAUGGAGCUGGAGCCUCAUCGAGUUCGAUCUCGACUUCGAGUACGACAUCUACGAAAAGUGCCGUUGUUAGGAGCAGUUCAACAUUAGUAGUUACUGUCCCGACCACAUCAACUAGUGUUUGUACAGACUUGUUGAUUGAUGACUUUGCAUCUCAAUCUCGUUUGACGUUCUUAUUCUACAAUGCCAUGCUGCAACCUUCUUCCGAUGAUGGUACCAUGUCACCGGUGUCAAAUAGAGUAGACACUGCUACCUCUGUCAUUGUGGCUAAUAAUCAUGUUACUUUGACAUCUCUAGCAGAUGGAUCUUCCUACUGGUACACCAUGUUUGGUUGUUUGAAAGCAACCAAUAUAUAUGGUGGAAUUGGGUUGACCAUCAAGGCGGCAAAGGGAACAACCUUAGGCAUUGAAAUGCAAACUUCGAAGACUUGCGAAUCGAGCAAUCCUACACUCAUCGAUGUCUCGUCCGGGGACCUGGGAUGGACUUUUGACGGAACCGAGAAGUUUUAUACCAUUCCUUUCUCUAAAUUCCCAGGUCUUGACAUGGAUCAUUUGAUCUCACUUCUGUUUUCUGGGAUCAGUAACCCGAUCACACUUGGUCCGAUUUCAUUCUACUGUGGAAGCACAGGAGUAGCUUACCCUGUUCCUACCACUGUUCCGGUAAUUGAACCAUCUUCCACCAUUUCGGCGACAAUUGGACCUUCGGCCUAUGUGAUCGAUACUUUCGGCAGUGCGGAUUCUAACAAUCUCGGCUUCUAUCAUGGGGGAGAUGAUACAACAACCUACAAACAAUCUGGUAACAAAUUGACCAUCAAUACCAAAGGUAAUUCUGACCUAGCCUGGUAUACUCAAAUCUCGAACGGAUGCCUCGACUUUACUCCAAACGAUAAUGGAUAUCUUCACAUCGCUUUUACCGGAAGUAACGCCUUCACCAUUGCGCUUCAACAACACAAUCCUACAUGUAAUCCAAAUAUCAACCCAUUCCCAUUUACAUGGGAUUCCGUAGAAGCAUCACGAUACUCGAACUCUGCAAAGACCGACCUCUACAUCCCAAUUUCUCACUUCGAGAUCGAUCGCAAACUCAGCGUCGGUUUCGCACUAAAAGGUUUCUACACCUCCGACAAUACCAUCAUAUCCAAAAUUGAACUAGUCAAUUCCGUCCCAUCAAAUUUCCUCGUCCCAUCCAAACUCCCCACUGCACCUCUAAUCUUCUCCUGUACCCGCCCCAAUUCCUUCGCUUUCGCCAUCGACGACGGUGAUCCACAACUUGCACAAAAAGUCGUCUCCUCUGUCGCCGCAGCAGGUAUCCACGUAACAUUCUUCACCGUCGGCGCCGCCCUCCUCGACGCCUCCACCAACCUCUCCAGCGUGUAUUCCAACAUGUUAAAUCUCGGCCACCAAGUCGCUUACCACUCUUAUACGCAUCCACCCAUGGAAGGACUCCCCACCCUCGCAUCUAUCGACUGGGAACUCAGCAACGACAUCGCAGCCGUAUCAUCCACGCUGUCAGGCCACACAUCUACGUAUUUCCGACCGCCCUUUGGCACCGAAGGCGCGCGUAUUCGUCAACGACUCGCGGCUCUGAUCCCGGGCUCGAAAUUCGUGGAGUGGUCUGUGGAUGUGCAGGAUUGGUUGUGGGCGUUGAGUGAUACGCCUGAAAAACAACUUGUGAAUUUUCAGAGUGAUGUGGAUAAAGGGGGGAAUCUGGUCGUUAUGCAUUAUUUGUAUGAGACGACGGUGGAUUAUCUGCCGCAGUUUAUUGCCAUUGCGAAGAAAACGGGGAAGCAGUUGAUGAGGGUAGAUCAGUGUUUGGAGGAUCCGAAUGCGCCGCCUUUGUAG